CACGCACACCAAUGCAAAUGCCCUUGAGCAUCUCAGUUUCAUUCUAAACCUUUCACCUCUUACACUGGCGCGCAAUCCUUUCUUUGGACAAGCUUCUCGCAUUGUUCGCGCAAAGUGCCAUUUUCACAAGCAAAGAUUGCCAUAGAUUGGGGUGAAACCGACCAAAAUUCAGGACUGCGCACCCAAACGAGCUGACGCGGCAAGGCGGCCACAUCCACAUUGACAGCCAACAGGUGGAGAGGAAUGAGCUUGGUGGAUGACGACGACGCCCAAUCGCAGGGCGUGAAUAGCGUACUCGAUGAAAUUCUAGACCAGUACCGCUUCAACUGGGAGCCCGAGUAUCGGGUCAAGUUCAAGAAGGAGCUCGCAAGCUUUACGUUAGGCAUUGGCCUUUCAAAGCCGCACCAAGCGGAGUCUCGGCUGCGACUGACGCUCAAGCCGGAGCACAGCGACGCGGGCUGGCGGCCCGGGCGCUUCGUGCAGAAGGUGCUGGUGCUGCCGCAGCAGCAUUUCGCAGCGCUGUACAGCCGCAAGCUGGCCUGGGGCAUCCUGCGCUGCCAGUUCGUGGCGGGGUACUUCUGGGACCGCAAGAGGCCCAGCCUGGACUACCGGUUAUCGACCAAGUGGAACGAGGGGCUGCGGAUCAAGCGGAAAGAAUACUACCAGCCGCACAACAACCUGCUGCUACGAGCCAAGUGGAACCUGGACAUGCAGCUGCCAGACGUGGAGGGGCACCUGGGCGGCGUGGAGGGCAGCACGCAGGUGCCGGUGGACGUCGAGUACGGCAGCCUGGACUUCAGCAUCACGCAGCUGGACUGUGUGGUCGACCUGGACGGGCACAAGUACCGGACCAAGAAGAGCACCACCGCGGCGGGCGCGGCGGCAGCUGCUGCCGCGGCCCCAGCGCCCGGCAGUAGCAGCGGCGGCGCGGCGGGCGGCUCGGGUCGGCGGGGCGGCAGCGGUGACAAGGACGCGGGGGCUGUGGCCUCAGGGCCGGGCGGGGCGGGCGCAGGGAGUGCGUUGGCGGGGCGGAUAGCGUGGCCAUGGCAGAACAAGUAGUGUGAGACCCGGGGGGUGCGAGAGUGGGAGAGGGGGGAGCGGCUCUGUGGUUAGGGUUGGGGCCUGGGAGCGGUUGCGUGGGGCGGUAGCUUACUGCGAAGUAAUCAAUAUGACAGGCAUGGCAUUGCCGUUGCGACCAGCGUGGAGGCAUAUGGUAUGCGGUUGCGACCGGCGUGGAGGCAUAUGAUAUGAGAGCGUUGUGCAGAGGUCCUAAAGGGAGGGAUGUUCCCGAGCGAUGUCAGCAGAGAAUCUGUAGAGAAGGGUGACGGUAGGAAUGGUGGCAGCCACUGGCUGGCUGUGGUGCAAGUAUCACCAGCAGUAGCAGCAGCAAGGGUGCUAUGGUAGCCGAGCAGUAGCUGAGUGGCAAUGUGGAUAGUAGCCCUGACUGGGGCCAGAGGCGCCCCAGCUGCAGCUGCUCACCCUGUAAUAACAGUAUGCA